CUAUUAAUGUCGUGAAGAAGGAGCGUCAUCUGCGCACAGGCAAUUGACAUUUAGGAAGUCGCAGGAAGAUGGAACUUUGUAUUUCAAGCAUAGUCAAAGUAUUUAGCGACUUUAUCAUGUUAGAUGGAAAUCAGCUCACUGCACUGACGUGUUGUUUCUCCGCCAUAACUAAAUAAACAGUAAAGUUUGUAGCGACCAUUGUGCUAGCGUUAGCCACCGCGCAGCGAGGGAUCUGCUAACAUCAGUGAUACACAAGGUAAGAUAUAUUUAAGGUAACACAACUUAAUGGUAAUUACUUUUAGCUGCCCUACACCUCUGCCUGAUAAUGAUGGCUACGGCAGUUAUUUUGAGUGUACUGAAUCACUAGAAUCAGUUUAAAAAAAAAAAUUCGUUCAGCUCUUCACAGAAUCAUUCAAGUGCUUCCUCAUUCAGUUCAUAAUUCAGCCCCGAGGUUCACGUUCACCGAAGGACGAUGCGUUGUUGUUGUCACGUAUUGUAAAUUAGGAAAGGCGGGGAGAUUAAAAAACAACAACAAGCUAAUUUAUCACCUACCUAUCUAUCUCUGUCUCAGCAAGCUCUUGAACACCCGGUUUAGGUCGUGACCGCGUCCCCGCUACAUCCACCCAGGCUCCCGCCGGACGGCGAGACUUGUCUGCAUUCCACCGCGGUGGGCAGCGUAGCUGACACCAGCGCCCGGGUUUACCGGGAUUGAUUUCUGACGCGUCUGAGUGUCUUGAGAAGCGAUGUAAUAAAUUUAAUUUAUCGUUAUUAUGAUUGUUGUUGUUGUUGAGGGUAAAUUUAGCGGAAAAUGAAUGGAGGGAUUAUUAUUAAACAGAAAGCUUUAAUAAUCGCAUUAGAGACAGGGAAUGAUGUGUGUGUACAUACAGACCCUUUCCCAAAAAAAUUUAACAUCAUGGAACGGUUUAUUUCCAUAAUUCUAUUCAAAAAGUAAAACUUUCAUAGAUUGUAGAUUCAGGGCCCACAAUUUCAACAAUUUCAAGUAUUUAUUUGUUUAAUUUUUACAUAAUUUGGGUUUCCAUCUUGUAAAAUCCACGAAAUUAGGAAUUAAAAAAAUUAGAAUACUGUGAAGAAAUCACCAUUUACGUCUCAGUUUUUGGAGAAAAAAAAAGAAAAAUUAGGGUCACAUUAAAUCAACAUACAGUGUUCCCUCAUUGUUCGCAGUUAAUGGGGACCAGACCCCCGUGAAAGAUGAAAAACCGCAAAGUAGGAUUUGCCCCCCCACCUAGGAAUUUUUGUGGAUGUGUAUGUGGGUACCAGAAUGUUUAAAAUAUGUAAACAGUAUUUAUACUUUACAUAUUUGAGACAAAAAUUACAACUGUACACGUAUUUACUUAAAUCUUUAAUUAUAAAACCUUAUACAGUAAUUAACAUUGCCUCAAAAUUGGAUGUUUGCUUCCUCUUUCUUGAUGUACCGCACUGUAGAUUCAUUCACGCCAUAAUGGCGAGCCACAGAUGCAUAACUUCUGCCCUCUUUGAUCAAUUCUAAAAGUUUCACUUUUUCGCUGAUGGUCAUCAUCUUCUUCUUCCUCUUGGGCGCCCCGGAGGAAGCUUUCGCAGGGGCACAGCGCUUAGGUGGCAUUGUAAGGGCUUGGUUAACUAAUCAAAAAAAUUAUCCCUUUAACAAAAAAAGUCGUUGUGAACACAACAGCGUGGACGAGACUGGCGAGACACAACAAGGGAAGACGCGGGAUGAGGCUGCGAUGAUGCGCAGCCAAUCAGCUCACGGGAUAAAUUCACUCGUGCUCUCAUUGGUCGAUGUCGCGCCGGGAACCAAUCACGCGCCUUGUAUGAGUGCCUGUACAGUACAUGUUGUUUUCUUUUUCAGGACAUUCCAAAUUGUCUAUGCCCAAUGUUUGUGCAAUAGCUCUGAUCGAUUUUCCCUCUUCUGUUAGCUUCAAAAUUGUUUGCUUUUCUCCCACAGACAGCUCUCUGGUCUUCAUGUUUGCUUAACAGCAAAUGCAUUUUUCACAGGUGAAACCCAAAGCCAAAAACAAGCACUAUCUGUUUAAGCAAUCAAUUUAAAAGGCAACACCUGAGCAACUAUAGAAACACCCAUUAGUCACAAGUUCCAAUGCUUUUGCUCACUUGAAAAGUGGGUGUGUUCAAACAAACGGUGGUCUGUCGUAACUUGUUUAACACAUCUAGAUGUAAAUACCAUGAAAUAAAAGCUGGAAUUCUGAACUUUCUCAUAUUCAUCUUUUGAUAUCAAACCCAAAUGUAUUUAGUAUACAACAAAAAAAUAUUAAUUUGUUUUUGUUGUAUACUUAAUGUUUGUAAUUGAGCUUACCGUUACAAUACUACGCUGUUAUACUACUAUAUAAAACAUAAAAACAAGCCAAACACAAACAUACCCACUGGUGCUACAGUAGCUCGGGAACUAAAAAUGUUUCUUAAACAAUUGUAUGCAACUCUAAUCUCAAAUAUGUCUAUCUGCCUAUCCAUCUUUAUCUGUAAUUACUUCAUCCUUAAGUUGUGCAGCAUGGCCUCAGCUGAGGUGAAAAUGCAGGAAAUGAGUGAGGUCGUGAUUGUCACAAUGUCUGAGGAAGCUGUCGAAGGCCUCUCCUCUGUGGUGGAGGAGGAGAAAGCAGUGCUGAUGGCCGCACAGCUCAGCCACGAGCCAGGGGAACAGAUCCUCACAGUCACUCAAGUGGAAACUGAUGACCUGAGUAAAACAAAUUCCUUGUGCAAUGAAGAAGCAGUCAUUGUGAAGUUAACAGAUGAGGUAGAUGUGGAGGCUGAUGUGUUCUACCCCAUCACUUGUGGAGAUGCCACAGCCACAUUGGUGUGGAAGAAGUUUGUCUGCCCCGGGAUUAAUGUGAAAUGUGUCCAGUUUAAUCAUCAGCUCAUCAGCCCAAAGGAGUUUGUCUGCCUUGCAGGCAAGUCUACACUGAAGGACUGGAAAAGAGCAAUCAGGCUCAAUGGCACCAUGCUCAGAAAGAUCAUGGACUCCGGUGAGCUGGAGUUCUACCAUCACGCAAAAAUCUGCUCCAACACCUGCCGCAGCACCAAGAUCGAUCUGUUGGGAAACAAAGUGGCCGCCAGCUCGGAUCAGUCUGCCGACCUGGCUGCUGCCGCCUCAUCCACUGCUUACUUGAAUGGAGACUCCUCCCCAGAGGCGUCAGCAGGACCUUCAGAGUGGGUCACAGCCGUUGGAGAGGAUGCUGUGUCAUUCUGGCGUGCGGUGAAGGACGCGGGGCUACUGGAGGAGGUGAUUGAAGACUUCCAGAAGGAGCUCCAAGAGGUGCUAAAGGGGCUGCACGAAAGAGUGUGUGAGCCAUCUCUGCAAGUCAAAGAUGCUGCUUUGCUCAACAGCAUAGUCCACAACUUUGGAAUGCUGGAUCUGGUGAAAAAGGUUCUGAGCAGUCAUAAAAGCCAGAUGGACCAUUACAGAGAGCAGUACACCAACAGCCUGGCUGCUCUGGAGCAGCAGUGUGAUGAGCACCGAAAGCGAGCCAAGGAGCUGAAGAGCAAAUCUCAACACCUCAACAACGUCCUGAUGAACUUCACCCCCGCACCCAUAGCUCCGGCACCCAAACGCUCCCGGAUGAGCCGCGCCAUCUCCAGCCCGGCCUCCAUCAGCCCCGCGCCUGCACAGGUCACGCUGCCUCUCAACCAGCUGAGCGCCGUGUCGCUCGGCAAACUGUUGACUGUGACGGGAGCUCCGGCGGCCCCCAACCUGGGGAGCUACACACUCCUGACCUCGCCGCUCAAUGGCUCAGAGCUGGCGGCCGACGCUUCCAACCUGACCGUGCUGUCCACCGUGGCGGGUCAAGAGGGGACGUCCCCAGAAAGUGGCGCCGUAGUCUCUUCGACCUUUGUCAAAAUGGUCAGUCCUCAGUUCCAGUUGGUGACGCUGCCGUCCACACUGCAGGGCCUGGCCGGCACACAAAACACGGGCAUCACGCAGCCAAUCGACACCAUUGCCGUGGUGGACGCCAUGGCAACAACUGCAGAUGUUUUCCUACAGGGACUCCAAGCUGGUGAGAAUGAAGAAGGUCAGCACAAUGAGGUGAGAGAGGAUGACAUGCAGCAGCUGGUGGUGCAGCAAUGAUGGCAAAUUAGCAUUUCAUUUGUUCAGGGACACAUUUUUGGGGGGGGGGGGAAUUUUGUUUGAAAUCAGAACAUUUUUGUCGGAGAAGUUAUCUAAGACCAUAUCAGUAUUGAGCAUGUUCUAAUCAAUUUAGAGCAAUUAUGUCAGCUGGUGAAAAGUAAUACAGUGUACCCCCACAUAUAUACGGCUCGGCAUUCGCGAAUUUGCAUAUUUGUGGAAUUAUAAUUUUUUUUUAAACCUGUCUAUACUUAUUUGCUGAAAAAAAUCAUUUUUUCUUGGGUUAAAGUGAUUUAUAUAUAUAUAAAAUAUUGCUUUGCCGUCAUCUUGUGGCAUCUUGGUGCCAAGGAAGUGAUGAAGUGAGUUGAGGGGCACAAAGUAGUGCUUUGAUGCCAUCUUAUGGCAUCUAUAAGCAUUUAGAAGCCUUUUUGAGAUGGCAUUAAUUACUCACGGAUUUUCACUAUUCAUGGCAGGGCUCUGUUCCGAGCUCUUGCCAAUAGUGGGGGUUCUUUGAAAAGGCUGUUUAUUUUUGUCAUUGUUCACCAGAUAACAGGGCACUGUUAUGAAGGGUUGUCCUUAUGUAUUCUAAUGUUUGAGCACCUUCCAUUAGCUUCCAUCUCCUUUUGGCGACAUUGGGAAUGGGAACUGAAAAAGUGCCUCAAAUAUGUAAUUUCCUUGUAGUAUAUACAGUCACAUGCCAAGAAAAAAAAAAGGACAUAAAUGCUGUGGAUGUCCAACUGGUCUUUCCUGUGUUGUGUUCCUCUUGGUUGAUUUCUUUGUCUGCGAAUAUGUUGCCAUGCUAUUUACACAGAUGAACAAAAUGUUUCAAAUAUUUCACUUUUUGUUUGAUAGUAUGAAUUGCUCAUAAUACGUUCUAAGUAUACCUUUGAGUUCCACAUAAAAUAUUUGAUUUGGACAUUGUAAUUUGUGUAAUAAAUGCUUUUGUGUGUAUUACAUAUAAAACGUAUGUAUCACUUAUUUUAAUGACAGCUGGAGUAUGGGUUUGCAUUAAUACAUACUGUAUGAUUUAUUUAUUUAUUUCUAUCCAAGUAGCAAUGAACAGUAUUUGAAACAGUCUAUUAUAAUCCUAAAAUCAUGUGGGCUUCAAUUGAUUCAUGUUGACAAUGUUGUGCUUACCACGUUAAAACUGAGCUAAAAGAAGGUUCCGUUUC